AUGAGUUGUAUAGAACAUCUCUUAAGUUCAUGUUGUACUCUUAGAAAGGAUACUAUUGACAAUGAAUUACUAUGUAUUGUGUGCCCUAGUCCUAGUGAUCUGGAAGAUAAUUAUUUAGAUAAUGGUAUUCCUGCUCGUUAUAGAAGAAAUAAAAUUAAUGGAUAUAGAAAACAGAUAAAUAAGGAAAUAAAACAAUGGUCAGGAGAUGAAGUUGCUAGAUUUAUGUGUUGUCAUUUAGUUAUUGAAGAUUCUGAUACCCGUAACUUUAUUUUUGAUGAUAAUAAACAUAAAGAUAGAAAGAGAGAAAUUGAUAGAGCUAUAUUAUUAACUAAUAAUAUAACCUCUGGACAUAAUAAUUUAGAUAAAAAAUAUAGAAGACAUAAAAAGUAUUUUAAAGAUAUGAUUGAUAUAAAUAAAGAUAAAGUUAUAUCUCCUAAUGAUAAUAAUAAAAAGAUUGAAAGAUCUAAAGAAGAUAUUAAGAAUUUUUCGGGAAAUAAGGAAUUUUUUUUAAAUAAAAAAGAUAAAUAUGAUAAUAAAAAUCAAUCAAAAUUAAUUCAGACAAUUGAUAUGAAGGACAAUAUAUCAGAUAAUAUCAAUGAAAGUCAUAAAAUAUAUCAUAAAAUUCAUCAUAAUAAUGUAAGAGCAAAACCACAAAAAUUUUAUAGUGAUUCAGAUUAUGAAUAUUUUAAUGAUUCUAAACAUAAUGAACAUAAAUGCAGAAAACAUAAAAAGAAUAGAGAUUUAAAUCAUAGAAGAAAAAGUGACAUUAUUUCAAGUAUACAAGAUGAUAAUAAAUAUAUUGACUAUAAAGUAUUGAAAGAUCAUAAAAAAAAUCAAGUUGUUUUAGGAAAUACAAAUAAUAAUAACUUAUGUAAAUUUGACUAUUCAAGUAAAUAUUUGGAUGAUUCAAGUGAUGAAAUUUGGGAUUAUUAUAGUAAUUAUUCUAAUGGUUCUGAAUAUGAAAGUUCAGAUAUUAAUGAGGAAUUAUAUAAUCAUUUAAAUAGAAUUCCUAGAAAUAAUUCAAGUUUCUGUUCUACUUGUAAAGAAUCUAAUAUUUUCAAUUCACCAUAUUGUAAGAUUGAUCUAAUUCAACCAGAAGAAUCACAAGAAAAAAAAGGAUAUAACAAUAACAAUAACAAUAAUUUCCCUGAGAAUAUUUCUGAUCUUCAAUAUAAUAUGUCAUGCUCUAAAAAUUAUUUCCCUGUUGAAAAAACAAAUCGAAGAAAUUCUAGUCAUAAAAAAAAAUAUCAAGUUGUAAAUUCUAGAAAUUCGAUUAUUGGUAAAUAUUUAUCUAAUAGAUAUAAUAAAUUAAGUGAAGUUCAUUCCAAUAAUUCAGAUGUAAAUGAUGAAACUUUAGAUAGUCAUGGUAAUAAAGAAGUUGAACAUAAAUCUUCAAAAAGUAAAAGAUUAUUUAGACGUUAUAAAAAAUCACCAUUUAAAACAAUAGAUCCUAAAAAUAUUAAAAAUUUAGAUAAUAUUGAUCAAAAUACCAAAAAUAGAGAAAAUGAUAAAGUAUAUGAUUCAACAGAUAAUCCUAAAAUUAUUAAAAGAUAUUCAAAUACACCAAAUAAUAUUUAUGAUCGUAAUCAUAAAUAUCUGGAUAGUAAUUUAAAUAUAGAGCAAAAUUCUUCUUUACAAAAUAAAGAUAAUGAAGAUAUUUCUAAAACAUUUGUAACUCAUAAAGAUGGUUUAGAUAUUGUAUAUGAUUCUCAUAGUAAAGAAUAUUUUAAAGAAACUUCUGGGAAUGUAAAUGAAGGUGAUUCAGAAAAAACAAAUAAAAAUAUUAAAUCAAAGGCUUCAGUUAUAAAAACUGAAUCUGAAGAGGAAGUUAAUCUAGAAAUUAAUUUACCACCUCAAGGAAUUUUAAGACGACUAUCCCGUGGAUUACCAGCUGGUGUUGUACUUAAAGAUGGAUCUCCUCUUAGAUGUACAAUUGCUUAUUCUCAAGGUGAUAAUGAUCUUACAUUAACUUGUGAUGAUAAAAUUAGAAGUAUUCCUUGGAGUGAUAUUCAGAAUAUUAUUACUAAUAAAAAUGAACUUCGUCGAAUAAAUACUCGUGCUCCAAUAUAUAGAGAUUCUUUAGUUAUUGCUAUACAAUUGAAUAAAUCUGGUCAUUGUAUCCCUAUAAAAUUUGCUAAUGAAAGUACUAAAAGUGAUUUCUUGAAUUUUGCCUAUAAAAUGAUUAAUCAUCAACCAAUUACAGAAUGA